AUGUUCCGCUUGCCAAAAGAGCGCGGGCGCCGCUGUGAUGAGAGGGGCCGUUGGCGGGGCGUCGAGCGAUUUGACGCCGACGGAGGAGGGGAAGCCGCCGAAACGGAAGAAGCAUGGGAGAUGUCUGGCGAGGAAGAGGCGGAGGAGGACGCAGCGAACCUGGAACGGUCGGUCGAAGACGCCGACAGAGGAGAUGACGGCAAGGAAACCGCGCCUGGGAUCGGAGACGCCGAGCCUGGAGAGGCGGACAUUGCCGGGAGAACGUGGCCAGGGGGAGGUAGAGGGACCGCGCGCGUCAGAGGAAAGAUUGCGCACUCGACAAGCGCCAAGCACAAGGGGGUUGGGGCGAAGACGGCGCAGGAUCGCCGGACAGGCAGUCGAUGCGCAAGGGAGGAUGGGAGGGCAAGCCACGCGCCCCCAGCCACCACUGGCGGCGGAAAGAAGGACGCAAGGAGGGGCCCAGCUCAUCAGAGAGGCGCGGCCGGCGGCAAGAGGAGCGCGGCUGGGAGGCACGGACGUCCGGCCCGCAAGCGCAAUGGGAGAGGACGAUGGGCGGCGGAUUCCGCUCGCCGCUCGUCCGGCAGCAGCGGGGAGGAGAAGGCGGCGGAGACAGGCGCUCGCCCGGAGAUCAUCGGCAGCAAGGGAGGGGAGAAGCAUGGGAACCGUCGCCAGAAAGGCAGCGGCAGCGAGAGACAAGCACAGUGGGGUGGAGAGAGGCACGAGUCUCGCCGGCACGAACGCAAGGGCGUGCAGAAGAGGAGAGGGGCCCGAGAGGCACGGUGA